UCUCCUCACUCCACAAACUCUCUCUCUCUCUCUCUCUCCCCAAAAAUGGCCCCAGCAACUUCUUCACUGUUUGUUGAAACAUCAACCGACACGUCACCGGCUGAUGCAACAAAGCGAAUAAGCGUCAAGACGCUGGUGGAAUCACCUGGUCUCACGUCCAUUCCUUCGAACUACUCCUACUCCACAAAUCCUGAUGAAUCUGCUGGUUCAAACCCUGAUGAAGAUACAUUCCCCAUCAUCGAUUUUUCGUUGCUCACAUCUGAUGAUCCUCAUCAACGCUCCAAAACCAUCCAAGACCUCGACAGAGCCUGCCAAGACUGGGGUUUCUUCAUGCUGGUGAAUCAUGGGGUGUCGGAGAGGUUGAUGAAGGAAGUUCUGGAAGGUUGCAAGGAAUUCUUCAAUCUGCCGGUGGAGGAGAAGAUGGAAUUUGCAGGGAGGGACAUAUGGCAGCCGAUCAGGUUCGGCACCGGGGUUGAUGUUAAGGUUGAGAAAUUCUUCUUCUGGAGGGAUUUCUUGAAGGUGAUUGUGCAUCCUCAGUUUCACUUCCCCAACAAGCCCAAAGGUUUCAGUGAGGUUGCACGAGAGUACUGCAAAAGCACUCGAGAGGUGACGACGGAAUUGCUCAAAGGGAUAUCGAAGGGCUUGGGAUUGGAGGAAUGCUACAUAGAGAAGAAAACGAAUUUCGACGCAGGGUUUCAGCUGUUUGCUGUGAACCUGUAUCCGCCGUGUCCGCAGCCGGAACUAGCAAUCGGCAUCCCCGCACACACCGACCACAGCCUCUUGACCCUCCUCAUAGAGAAUGAAAUCGGAGGCUUGCAGAUUCAGCACAACGGAGAGUGGUUCAAUGUGAAUUCAAUUCCUAAUUCCUUCCUGGUUAACACUGGCGAUCACCUUGAGAUAUUGAGUAAUGGGAGGUACAAGAGCGUUUCUCACCGGGCAGUUGUUAACAACACCGCUACAAGAAUAUCCAUAGCCGUACCCCAUGGACCGUCGCUCGAAACCGCGGUUGGCCCGGCCCCGGAACUGGUAGACGGUGAAAACGGCCGUCCGGCAAUAUACAUGCCUAUGAAGUUCAAGGAUUAUCUCGAACGUCUACUCGAGGGGAGGCCCUGCAACUUGGAUCAUGUUCGAGUUCCAGUUGCUGAGUAAGAAUAUUGAUGAGUAAAUCUAUUUGUCCGAUGGGCUUGUGAUGAAUGAAUUGGCGAUUCAAAAAAAAGAAGCACAUAACUAUUAGAUAGGAAUAAAGAAAGAAAUUUGGUACAAUAAAUUUGUUGGAGAAUUAUAUGUACCCAUCGAUUACGAGAAAAUAAAAUGUUUGAUUGAUAUGCA